AUUCGAACGGGUUUCGACGUGCACGAGUUUUGGAUUGCUAGUCUUGCGUUCCUCGAAAUUGUCUCUAUUCACUGUUUUCUCACAUAAAUAUCAAAAUUUUAGAUGGCUGAUGAUUUGGUUGAUGAUUUUAUAUUGAAUGAUGUACCAAGCGAUACUGAAGAGCCUAAGCGAAAAAAACGUAAGAAGAAAAGAAUUUCUGAGGAACCUAAGAUAGUUAUAGAAGACAAUGAAGACCCAAAAGAAGAUUUUCUUGACAAACUUGACGAUUUCUUCAAACAUAAUUUAUCAAGCAUUGAGAGAGAAGCAAUGAAUUUUGGGGAAGGAAGCUUUUUAACUAGCAAUAUAAAUCAUAAAACAUUAUCAGAUUAUUUAAAAGAAAUAAUGACUGACUGGGAUAAAUUAAUUAAUGAUAAAACCAAAUCCAAGAAAGGAUCACCAUUUAUUAUUGUUCUAGCUUCUUCUGCCCUGCGAGCAGUCGAUUUAAACAGGGAAGCCAAUGACUUUAAGACAAAAAAAUGUAAAACGGCUAAACUCUUUGCUAAACAUAUGAAGCUAAAAGAUCAAUCUCAAUUCUUGGAAAAAAAUGAUAUCCACUUUGCAGUUGGUACUCCGAAUAGGGUUUCUAGUUUAUUGGAAUUAGGUAGCUUACAAACGGGACAGUUGAAAGCUAUAGUAAUAGAUUGGUAUUGGAAAGAUUUAAAACAAAGGAAAAUUGUUAAUAUUCCAGAAACGCGUAAAGACUUAUUUGUAUUGUUUCAGAAACAUUUUUCUUCUUGCCUUGGAACAGAUCAAUUAGACACAAAAAUAGCCCUAUUUUAA